UCUCAUUGAAAAUCAAGAAGAUGAUUAAAGGAUUUCUAAUACUCGUCAUUUUCGGCAUUAGUGCUGGAAUGGCAGUGGCCAAUGUCUGCACAGAUGCAGGCUACUCAACUGUAAAUGGAUUCAUAUCGCAUGAGACCAACUGCUCAAACUAUUACAGCUGCUAUGCAGGUACGCCAUAUGAGUUCGCCUGCCCCGCUGGAUUCUACUUCAAUCCGGACAUUCAAAAGUGCGAUCCCAAAUACGUGUGUGUUGUGAACAACUGCCCGGCCACCGGAGUUACCCGGCUUGCGGUGAAUGGCUCGUGCACCCAAUAUAUUCUGUGCAUUGGUGGAGUACAAUAUGCUAAGGAAUGCCAAACUGAUUUGGCUUACGAUGCGUCGUCAACGGAAUGCGUACCGGCUGCGGAGCUUCAGUGCACGGAAAAUCAGUGUGACUCCACCGUUGCAGCUCCCCAGAUGUACGUCAACGCAUACAACUGUAUGAAAUAUUACAUCUGCGACGAAAACUACUCACCGAUCGAGUUUGAAUGCGCUACCGGUACCAUUUUCGAUGCAACGACUAACAAGUGCAUCCUGGGAACAUGCCCUACUUCCUAGAGCCGAAUUGUGGGAACUUUUCGUAAAUAAUAAUGUAAAAAUGUGUUUCAAACUAUUAUACUUGAAAUGGUUCAAUGUUCCAAUA